AUGAGUAAAUUUCUGCUAUUUUUACUAUCCUCUUUUGUAUUACAUAGUCAGAAAAAACAAUUUUGCGUAGUUAAGGGAGUUCUAGGAAAGAAUUCCUCCGUGUACGAGUUAAACAAACAGGGUAGUUUGACGAAAAGGGAAAGAAGGAAUACAUCUAGAAGUAUAGGAAGCAGUAUAGCUAAAAGGGUAAGAAGCAGUAUAGCUAAAAGGGUAAGAAGCAGCAUAGCUAAACGUUUAGCUGAAGGAAUAGCGAAAGGAAGAUCGAACCGAAUGAAUAACAACAUGGAUAAUAAUAAAGAGGCAAUUGUCGAAAUGGGGUUGCAAAACUUGGUAAGGAGUAACAAUAGCAACGUUUCCUUAUCAUUGAAUAAUUACUCAAAGAAUAUAAAGGAUAGCCGAUCGAAUACAAAAUUAGUAAAAAGCAAUGUAAUAAGUAUUUUCAGUUUUGCAUUGAAAUAUAUGAAUAAAAAGAGUUUAAACAAAUGGCUAAGAAAUAAUGUUAAAGCUCCUUUUUGUGAUACAUUUGUUCCACAUAAUAAACCCUUAGCUUAUAUUAAAUUUAAAUGUUCUGAAGACAUGAAGAUAUUUGAAAAAUUGAUAGAAAAUAAACGAUUUCAUCCGAAUGAUAGUUUAUCGACUAUUAAAAUUUACAAGUUUUCUAAAUAUUCUCAGAAAAGAAAAGGUAGUGCAGAGGAUAGUCAGGUGAAUCGUGGUAGCAGAGACACUGGAAAGAACAUUGGCCAUAACUAUGGCAGUAAUAUUAGCGGCAGUGAGAGCAAUAACUUGAGCAAAGACAAGCACGAAAGGAAGAAACAGAAGGUGGAAAGCUCAUUUAACCAUGAUGUGAAAAGAGAAGAAGAUAACGAAGAAGAAUUAUUAGAUUUACAAAGUAUCAUGAAAUUAAAUAGAACACAAAAAUACAAAAGCAUAGAAAAUUAUGUAACACCUUUUUACAAAUAUUCUUAUUCAGAUCAGAUAAAAAUAAAACAUAAAUUUUUAGAAAAAUGCAAAGAUCAAAUUUUAAGCAACCUGAAGAGUAAAUGGAUGAAGCAGAGUUUGUUGUUCGGAGAUUUGGAGUCCAGUCUUGUUGAAGAGGAGCUGAACCUGUCAAAUGGGUGUACUAAUGCAGGAAGUGGUAUGACAGUACAUGGUAACCCAAGAAGCGGUUACAAAUGCUACAGUAAUAUUAGCAGCAAUAACGGCACGAACAACAACGGUACCGUUUGUGGAGGGAAGAAAAACAAGAAGAACGAAACGAGCAAGGACAGCUGCCUGAACAAAACUGUACUAAGUGAUAUCAAAAUGAAUAAUAAUAAUUACAGAGAAAUAUCAUUAGAGAAAAAAAUGGAAGAGUAUGACUUCGAGAUAGAUAGCCCUUUAUAUCCUGAUGAAAAAGGAAUUAAUAGUUAUAGGAAUAAAUGCGAAUUUACCAUUUCUUAUGAUGAAAAUAAUAAUGUUGAAAUUGGAUUUGUAACUGGAAAGAUUAGAACAUAUUUGAAUGACAAUAAUGAAGAUAAAAUUUUGAACGACGAUAAUAAUUGUAAUUUUAGUGAAAAUAAUAUAAGUAACAGUGCAUCUCCCAUCAAUGAAUCACAUAGCACUAAACUUAGGAAUAAGAAACAGAAGCAAUCCUAUUACUUAAACCCUAUAGUUAAAAAUGUUGAUGACUGUAUUCACAUUCACCCCUGUAUGAAACAAGUUGUAAACGAAAUGAAAAAUAUAAUAAAGGUUUCCAGUUACCCCGUCUUCGAUAGGGUUUAUAAAACCGGUGUCUGGAGACUGCUGGUCGUUCGUUUCAACAGCAGAAAUGAGCUCAUGAUCACUGUUCAAACCUAUACAUUGGAUCAAAAAAAAAAAAAAGAGAUAAAAAAAUUAUUAAUAAAUAGAUUAACGAAGAAAAAGGAUGAAGCCUUUAUGAGUUUUUGUAAUUUCAAAGUCGUUUCCCUAUAUUUACAAGAACAUGACAAAUCAAAUGAUUCUUCUGAUCAAUCACCAAAUGAACAUUUGUGGGGAGUAGAAUAUUUAGAAGAAAUAAUUUUAAAUAAUCGAUUUUUCUUAACACCGUCAUGUUUUUUUCAAGUUAAUCAUAGUAGUUGUGAAAUAUUGUAUAAACAAGUUAUUAAUUAUAUAAAUAUAGAUAAGAAAAAGAAAAAUUAUAUAUUUGAUUUAUGUUGUGGUACAGGUACGAUUAGCAUUUGUGCAGCUAAUGAAAUAAAAGAAGGAGAUGUACAUAUUAUUGGUAUUGAUAUAUGUGAAGAAAGUAUUAUUAGUGCAAAAAAAAAUGCAGAGAUAAAUAAAAUUAAUCAAUAUAAAUUUAUUCAAGGAAGAGUUGAGGAAUUAUUUGCAAGUGAAAUAAAAAAUAUUUCAGAAAAAAAUGUAAAUAUAAUUGUUAUAGUUGAUCCUCCAAGGAGCGGUCUGUCUAAUAGUGUUCUUAACAUUUUAAGUUCAAAUCAACUUAUUAACCAAAUAAUAUAUGUCUCAUGCAAUCCCAUUACUUUAAUAAAUAAUAUAACAAAUGUUUUGUUUCUUAAUGAAAAUUUAAAAAUAAAAAAUCUUGUUUUUGUCGAUAUGUUUCCACAUACCUUCCACUUAGAAUGUAUUACAAAUGUUAUGAAGGUAUGA